UGCCCCGGGACACCUGCGUACGUGAGCGCUCGCUCUCCUCCCCCACCAGAGACACCGAGCUUCCACCGCCGGUCGUCGCCCUCCUCUUGCAGGUCGUCGCAGCAACAAGGCCGCCGGACAGGAUGUCGUGGCAGACGUACGUCGACGAGCACCUCAUGUGCGAGAUCGAGGGCCACCACCUCACCUCCGCCGCCAUCAUCGGCCACGACGGCACCGUCUGGGCCCAGAGCACCGCGUUCCCGCAGUUCAAGCCUGAGGAGAUGACCAACAUCAUGAAGGACUUCGACGAGCCCGGGUUCCUGGCCCCGACCGGCCUCUUCCUCGGCCCCACCAAGUACAUGGUCAUCCAAGGCGAGCCCGGCGCCGUCAUCCGCGGGAAGAAGGGAUCUGGAGGCAUAACCGUGAAGAAGACCGGACAGGCGCUGGUGAUCGGCAUCUACGACGAGCCCAUGACCCCCGGGCAGUGCAACAUGGUGGUCGAGAGGCUCGGCGACUACCUCGUAGAGCAAGGCCUGUAAAUGGAUGAUUGCUUCAACCCCCUGCCUGCCUGUCCAUGUUUCGAGCAUCCAGCAGCAACGAUACGACCGCCAGCAUUUAGUAGUCUCUAUACGCACGCAUUUUUUUUAGUCCCCACGCUCUGGGAUUGUGCGUGGCUCCGUUAAUUACCUCCGAUCCUCCGCCCGGCAUUUCUCUCCCCCCGUCCGUCGCCGAUCACCAGAGAUUUUUUUUUUCUUGUUUUUGUUUGUAAUUUGUUGGUGUCGUUUUUGCAAAUAAUUUUGUGAUUUCACCCCCAAAAUUUGGUUGUCGUAUGAUUUGUAAACCCGGAACAAUAUAUACUAUAUGUGAUUGAACUGCUCCUACCUAUUCUUUUGUAACACGGGAAUAUGUAUGUAUUUCGUGCAAUAUCUUUUCCAGUUUUCAAUGCAUAUGCAAUUAUAUGAAAA